AUGACGCCGCAGGCGGGGUGGCGCGUCGAGUACGAAGUGGGGCUCGACAGCCAGCAACAACUGGUGACGCUGCACUACAACGCCGUUGUGCGGUGCGGCACCGAGGAGUUCGACGACGUGGCGCUCACGUUCUCCUCCGCCAUGCCACAGGCUAAGGCCGUUGUGCCGAAACUUGAGCCUUGGCGCAUUGAGGCAACGCAGUCGGUUGAGGUGGGCGACGAAGCGGGCGACUCUGCGAACCACAUGUCUCGUAAUUGCGAGAUCACAACGGGGAAUGUGCCACAUGUGAAGUCUGCGGCAGUGGAGGCAAUGGGCGUGACGAACUUCACGAUGCCGUCGCGGUACUCGUUUCGCCCCGACGGGAAGGAGCUGCGGGUGCCGCUCGCAGUGCUGCAGUGGAAGGCAGAUGUUACCUACACGACGGUCCCAUCGCUAGCGGAGUCCGCCUUCGCCACAGCAACGUGCACGAACGAAAGCGAGUACCUGCUGCUGCCGGGCACCGCAGCUGUCAUGUUGGACAGUGACUUUGUUGCCAACGCGAAACUGGAUUACACCGCGCCUGGUGAGAAGUUGCACGUGCACUUCGGCAUCGAUGGCACCGUUGAGGUGCAGCGGAAGCUGCUGCAGCGCCACACCACAACCGAGGAGGUCUCACUGUUCAACCGGGAGCCAAAGCAGCGCAUCUUGUACUCAUAUGCCACAACUGUCACAAACAAAAAGCAGCAUGAAGCCGUCACAGUGACUAUGCAGGAGCGCAUUCCGAAGUCAGAUGAGCAGGAACUCCUCGUGCGCCUCCUUGAGCCCAAGGAAUUUGCGGUUGAAGAUACGGAACGGCGACGCAAGCUGGAAGUGGACGGCACGGUGGAGUUGCUGGUGCACCUGAAGCCCGGCGAGUCGGUGACGCUGCCCUUCUCCUUCGAGGUGGAGGCGCCAACGGGGGCACAAAUUUUCGGCCUCUGA